AUGAAAAUUGUUGUCGCAUACUCUGGUGGUCUCGAUACUUCGGUCCUACUCCUUUGGUUAAAAAAUAAAUAUAAUGCUGAAAUCAUCGCCUACUGUGCCGACGUCGGCCAAGGCGAAGAACUUGAUGGGCUAGAAGAAAAGGCCCUCGCGACAGGUGCCUCGAAGUGCUACAUCGGCGACCUCAAAGAAGACUUCGCCGCGAACUACAUUUUUCCUAUGUUUCAGGCCAAUGCCGUCUAUGAAGGUCGCUACCUCCUCGGCACCUCCAUCGCCCGUCCUUGCAUCUCUAAAGCGAUGGUGGACAUCGCUCGUCAGGAAGGUGCUGACGCUAUCGCCCAUGGCGCCACAGGAAAAGGAAACGACCAAGUUCGCUUUGAGCUCUCCGUCGCCGCCCUCGCCCCCGACAUUAAAAUGAUCGCCCCUUGGCGUGACGAAUCCUUCCGCGAAGAAUUUCCAGGUCGCUCAGAAAUGAUUGCCUAUGCCGAGGAAAACAAAAUCCCGGUCCAAGCCUCCAUGAAAAAACCCUACUCCAUGGAUCGCAAUCUCCUCCACAUUUCCUUCGAGGCCGGCGCCAUGGAAGACCCUUGGUAUGACGCCACCGGUGAGGCUGAUCGUGACAUGUAUGUCCUCUCCGUCUCUCCAGAAGAAGCACCCGACACCCCAGAAUACCUGCAAAUUCUUUUUGAAAAAGGAAACAUCAUAGGUCUCCAAUGCGAGGGCCUUGCACAAAUCAUCGCAGAACUCGGCGACAUCUCCGCCACGGAAAAAAAAGACAGCUACACUCUACUCAGUGCUUACGGCGUCAUGCGCGUGCUCAACUUCCUCGGCGGCAAACACGGCAUCGGCCGCGUGGACCUCGUCGAAAACCGCUUUGUGGGCAUGAAAUCAAGAGGCAUCUACGAAACACCCGGAGGCACCAUCCUCCUCGCCGCUCAUCAAGAUCUCGAAACCUUAGUCCUAGACCGCGAAGCCCAACACGUUCGCGACUCCCUCAUCCCGAAAUACGCGCAACUCGUUUACAAUGGCUUCUGGUUCGCUCCCGAACGCGAAGCUAUCCAAGCCCUUGUCACCGAGACCCAAAAAACCGUCUCCGGUGAAGUCCGCGUCAAACUCUACAAAGGCAACGUCAUGGGCGCGGGCCGUCGCUCUCCCCACAGCAUGUAUUCCGAAGACAUCGCCACCAUGGAAGGAGGCGCCGAAGAAGCCUAUAACCAAGAUGACGCCACCGGCUUCAUCAACCUCAACGCCCUGCGCCUGCGUGCCUCGGCUCACCAAGACUAA